AUGAAACGAACAUUCCUUGUGAUCUUUUUAUUUUUUGUUUCAGGUUUGAAGGACGUGACUUCCUAUUCACAAGAUGCGGUUCCAGAAUGUAAGAGUUUCUUCGAUUGCAUUCAUCAUGAUUGCGGAAGAUUUGGGACUCCUAUUUGCCUCCGUCAUCAUUGUGUUUGUCUAGGUAAUGGUGAACAAAAGUAUGUACCCCCGCAUAUGCAAAUCGAUAAAAUUGUAUACAAAUAA